UUGACAUUCAACAAAUUAAUUUGCCGAAAUUUCUUCAUAUUUGACAUGCGUGAUAAACUUAUUCGACCAUAUGUUUCUCGAAGAGAAACAAUAUAUAAGUACACGUGUAUAUAUAUCGCAGCCGAUUAAUCGUCAGAUUCUGUACUGCGACGUAACCGAGUGAUAAUUUCGAUAGUCUUGUAUCAUUGCGUAUAAAAAUGACUCGGAAUAAUCUGUUUUUUUUUUUAAUUUUUUCAUUUCAACGUAUGAAUUGCGAUUUGAAGAUUAUUCUGAUUGUUCAAUCGUUCGGAGCCAUAGUCACAUAACCUUACAAACUGAUUAUUAAAUUUUCGCAACAGAGAUUCUAAGUGAAUUUUGGAAUGAUGAAAAAAAAAAUUUUCAUUGCAUAAAAAAUAUAUCCCAAAGUCGAGGUAAAGACUUCACAAAAACAUCAGCAGCAUUUUUGGAAAAAAAACGAACGCCUGAGUCUUUGUUCAUCACUCACAGCUAAUUUCUCGUCUGUCCAAUUUUUCGCGAGUAGAACGUCAUCAAAUUUUUUUCGAGUUUUUAUAUUUUUCUGUAUUAAUUUCGAAAAUAGAACAACAAAAUUUCAGGAUGCUCCAAACAAACAAGGAUCUAAAACUUCGGGAUAUCUGGCGCACGUGUAAUAAAAUUCGGGGUGCUGUUUUCCGCGUUGGUUUAAAUCUAUGGGACUAUUACAAACCUCUCGACCCCAACAACCAAAAAGUACUGUCAGAAGCGAAAUUCGUAGCCGUUCUCGCUGGACCUUUGAAAGGGGCGAUUGGGUUAUCCGACUCAGAAAUCUGCGAUCUCGCCGAUUAUUUUCGAAUUCAAGAUGGCCGAAUUCUUUAUUCCCAACUGUGUGAGGUUAUACAUGACAAUGUUCCCGAAUUCGGCGACUCGAAACCCCUCGUCACGGGCCUCGAGUGGGAGGAUCCGCUUCACGUUAAUCGUAUAAGUGCAACAGAACACAGAAAACUCAACAUAAUCAUAACGAAAAUUGCUGUACUCUUGAACAAACGAAAUAUGGUUUUGAGGCCGUAUUUUCAGGACUACGAGUUGGUCUCGAAAAAUGCUGGAACCGUGACACUAGCACAUUUCGGCAGAAUACUUAAGUUCGUAGGCAUCGCGAUGGCCGCCGAAGAGUUCAGUUUACUCGUGAAAAGGUUCGCUAAGGACGGUUAUACAGUAAAUUACGUGGCUUUCAUAAAAGCUGUUGACGAAGCACAGAAUUACAUGGAUCAACAUGGAAUAUUAGACUUGGGAGGCGAUAUUUUGGAUCAAUUUCCCGGUCGCAUUAUCACAGCAGAGCUCCCGAAACUGCCCAGACCCGAAGUAGGCAAAAUCCCACCGAGUAGAGUGUUUGGGAAGCAAACGAUAUUCCAUCCAGCUUUGGAUGAGAAAAGAGAUUUAAUGCCUCUCCGAGAAGUAAUCUACAGAAUUCAACGCCACAUUUUCGAACGGCGGAUACGAAUAAACGGAUUUUUUGAGGACUACGAUGCACUGAACUCUGGAAGAGUCACAAUAUCGCAGUUCAAACGGGGACUCGAUGCUCUGCAAAUCUCUUCGCUCGGCCAUUUGUAUCUUGCCCAAUCGGAAAUUGAUGAGCUCACUGCACUUUACACUGAUUGUAACGACCCAGAUCGGGUUCUGUGGAAAACCUUUGCGGAUGACAUCGAUCAAGUAUUCACUGUGAAAGAACUCGACAAACUACCCCGGUUGCAAGUCGAGCAGCCACCGCCUGUGAUAGCCGAGCUCCCGAAAAUCGGCCAGAAGAAUUGGCAAUGCGAGAAUCAAAGCAUGCGGGAUUUGUGCGAGGAGAGUUUGAGAAAAAUUCGUCGUCGAGUCGAAGAGCGAAGAAUUUUCCUCAAACAAUUUUUCCACGACUACGACAAAUUAAAUCACGGUCACGUAUCGCGAACUCAAUUACGUCAGGUGCUAGCGACAGCGUUGAUACUACUUUCCCGGGAAGAGACUUUUGCUCUCGAGCAGAGAUACAACGACGAUAUGGGUUUUAAUUACGCGUGGCUUUUGAAAGAACUCGACUCACGUCCGGUCGAGGGUUCCUUAUUCGAAGCGAUGCUUGAAGAAAGAAAAAAAAUCAACGCUCCGCGAGCCGAGCCUAAGCCUUCCGAGAGCGAAACCAACAUAGUCCUUGUUUUGGCCAAGAUCAAGGCCAAAGUCGUUCGAGAGAGGAUCAAUGUGACUGAAUUUCUGAAGCCACUCGACGUACGAAACGAGCAGGUUCUAUCACGCGAAGAUUUCAUCAGAGGAAUCGAUCAGCUUCGGUGUAAUCUCAGUUGUGCGGAAAUAGGGACAAUUAUGGAAGUUUUCAAAGCUCCCAUGAGGCCUAACUUCGUCGAAUACGUGAGAUUUGCAACGGCAGUCGAAGAAGCUUUGGCUACGUCGGGUUUGGAAAGAGCUCCGUUGUUAGUGCCGCUGCAGCACGUGCCAUCCGAGGCGUGCGAAAGGACUUUUUUGAAUUAUGACGAACGCCAGAUUGUAGCUAAGGCUAUGGAUAAACUUGUGCGCGUACAACAACCCAAUCUCGAAGAACUUUUCACUGACUAUGACAAGGAAAAGAUUGGAACAGUGUCGAAAGACAGGUUGAUGAAAGCCCUCGCAACGAGAAACAUGCUGCGACUGAUUAGUCCGAACGAACUUGAUGUUCUGCACAAAUGCUUCUCGGUCGAACGAGGGGGACGUCUUGAGCUGGAUUAUCGAGCAUUCUUGCGAGCUUUGAUUAUUUUGAGUGAAAAUAAAAAAGUUUUACCCUUUUAAUGGAAAACCUUUCAAUUUUUUUUUUUUACUUUCGCUAUUUUUAAUAAUAUAACCUUGUCUUUUUACUCGUUCCUGCGCAUGAAAUUAGUCAGUCCAUUACAAUACUUGUAAAACCACCUUGACGUCAUACAUUUUUUUUGUUAUUUGUAACUCCACGAAGACAGUAUAAAAAGGCGUAUUUUUCUGUAGUUUUGUCUUUUAUUUCUGAUCAUUCUGUAACAUCGAAUCGCGUUAUCUAUUCGACGGGCAUCUUCGAUCGCGUUGAUCUUUGUCAUUCUGUGGGUCAAAACCAACAUUGCAAGAUGAAAUUCCUGAUCGUUUGCGCCUUCGCCAUCGUAUCAAUCAGUGUGAACGGGGCACCCCAGGCCGGACCGAUUCUCGGGCUUCCGAUCGAGUCGUAUUCCGAGAGCUGUCGACCACGAGCGUGUCCAAAAACCGGGGAAACCAAACUCGGCUUUCCUCUGGACUGUCUUUCGUACGUUGAAUGCGUGAACGGGGUUGCUACAACGAGAGCUUGUCCUGCGGACAUGUUCUGGAACGAGGAUGCUGGAAAUUGUACGGAUCGUAAAACGACCAAGUGCAAUCAAUGCUGGUAGACGAGACGAGCUCACUGCGCAUUACUGGCUUCAAAAACCACUGAUCCUUCCCGACUAUGAUCCUUUUUUAUUUUUACUACGUUACAAAUUUUAAUCACUGUUUAUCGAUAUUCCAGUGAUGACCCAGCAAAAUUAUUGAACAUUUUACAAUUGAAAUUCAAAAAACUUUUUAUUUGUAUUACAACACAUCGAGCUGUAAAAUUUAAAAUGCCAUUAUUAUUCAUGUAGAAUAAUUGUUUAUUUGGAAUUUUUUUUCUCAAUUUCAUCGUUCCUGCUUAUACCAUUCCGGGUUUUUAUUAAUCCAUCCGGCCAAUUUAAUAUUUAAUAUUUCAAUUUUUAUAAAUUAAUUUUAUCCCUCAAAUAUGCGAGUGGGCAGCUAAUUUUUUGUGUAGCUAGUUUUUGUGUGUUGUGUUCAAUAUUUUGAUGUGAACUACAAAAUGUAAUUUUUUCGAGGCAUGGGUAAGGUGACCUUUCUCGUAAGAACGCCAACCGCACACCCAUCGCUGUCAUAUAUAUAAUUUUGAGCAUAAAGUAAUGAUGGCGCUAUGAAAAGUGACAACGAUUGAAUCGAAAUACUAUUGGCAGGAAGUGACGCGAUAGAAAACUCCGAAGACGCUUAUAAAUCUAAUUUACCUGUAACUAUAAUGCGCUACGGUCAGAUGAAAAAAGAUACUCCAAACUCUCUCUUCCUUGAAAGUGUAACCUUCGAUUCGCGAGCAGUGUCGGUCACUUGAAAGCAACGUGGCUUCAUCACGUGACUCGUGCAAGUAUAGAAAAUAUUCUCGAUCAAAGCCUACGAUCGCGGGAAACGAGUAGAGAAAGAAAGGAGUCAAGAGUCGAGUCGAGUCGUACCGAAAAGGAAUAUUUCCUCAAAUAAAAGGAAAAGGACGAAGGUUGAGUCGAGGUUCGGUGUACAGAGAGAAAAUCGGUCGAUGAAUUUUAUAGAGUGGGUCAAGUGAUAUCGAUCCUUUGAGAUAUACACGUGUAUGGAAGUACGUGUGUGAAUCCAUUUACCGAUAUGGAUGUGUGCACAUGGAAUCCUUAUGCAAAUGUUGAUGCUUUUGCCCACAUAGGAGUUGGAAUAAAUUAAUCGAUAAAAUUAGAAUAUUGAUUGAAUUGAAAGGCCAUCGUGAGUCUGAGGUCGAUUUUACUUGAAUAUGUAUUUGAAAUAAAAAUAAUUGUAUUUUUA